UCAGCUCUGCCACCAGUCACAUUUUAUGGAUUGCUCUCCUUGUUGCUCAACACUUGGGGAAAGUGUGCAGUACUUCCACUGGAGACGGAGCAGCUGUAUGAACUUAUUGACUGGAGAGCUGACGCCCAUUUUCAGUACAAUAAACAACACAACUGAACACUGUGAAUCAUCAGCAUUCGCAGACGGACCAGAUUCAUUUAAGGAGACAUUUCAAAUUAAUAAAACGAAGCAACCAACGAAGCUGUCUUCAUACCGGAUCAGCAAUGGUUUUGAAAAAGCUUCUGCGUUUCGGGAAACAGCUGCUGAGAGUAAAGGUUGUAAACUGCAACUCAGAGGAAUCGCGACUGUCCCGAUGUCUGAACACUUUUGACCUGGUGGCUCUUGGUGUGGGCAGUACAUUAGGAGCAGGGGUUUAUGUCCUGGCCGGAGCUGUGGCUCGAGAAAACGCCGGACCGGCCAUUGUGCUGUCGUUUCUCAUCGCCGCUCUGGCUUCAGUGCUCGCUGGUCUCUGUUAUGCAGAGUUUGGAGCCAGAGUGCCCAAAACAGGAUCAGCGUACCUGUACAGCUACGUGACUGUAGGAGAGCUGUGGGCCUUUAUAACUGGCUGGAACCUGAUUCUUUCAUAUGUUAUAGGUACCUCAAGUGUUGCCCGAGCUUGGAGUGCCACAUUUGAUGAGUUGAUUGGAAAACAUAUUGAGCAUUUCUGCCGCCAGUACAUGUCCAUGAAUGCGCCGGGCGUCCUGGCGGAGUAUCCAGAUAUGUUUUCUGUUUUCAUCAUCCUCACACUCACAGGCCUGCUGGCCUUUGGGGUGAAGGAAUCAGCCAUGGUCAAUAAAGUGUUCACCUGCAUCAACAUUCUGGUGCUGCUGUUCAUGGUCGUCUCUGGACUAGUCAAAGGGACUCUGAAGAACUGGCACCUGGACCCCGAUGAGAUCCUCAAUGCAACCAACUCCACCCUUAAUGCCACGCAGCCGCUGCCAUCAGAAGAGAUGCUGGGUCAAGGUGGCUUCAUGCCUUUCGGCUUCACAGGGGUUUUAUCAGGAGCGGCGACCUGCUUUUACGCCUUCGUUGGCUUCGACUGCAUCGCAACUACAGGUGAGGAGGUAAAAAACCCUCAACGAGCCAUUCCCAUCGGCAUCGUCUCCUCGCUCCUCAUCUGCUUUGUGGCGUAUUUUGGUGUAUCAGCCGCGCUCACCAUGAUGAUGCCCUAUUACAUGCUGGAUAAAAACAGUCCUCUUCCUGUGGCGUUUAAGUAUGUUGGUUGGGAAGGAGCUACAUAUGCUGUGGCUGUAGGGUCUCUCUGCGCCCUGUCCACCAGCCUGCUUGGCGCCAUGUUCCCCAUGCCCCGUGUCCUGUGGGCCAUGGCUGACGAUGGCCUGCUCUUCAAAUUCAUGGCUGGGAUCAGCGAGAGAACAAAAACACCCAUAAAAGCCACUAUAAUGUCUGGCUUUCUCGCAGCAAUCAUGGCUUUCCUGUUUGACCUGAAGGACUUGGUUGAUCUAAUGUCUAUAGGGACUCUUCUGGCCUACACACUGGUUGCUGCCUGCGUUCUUGUACUCAGGUACCAGCCGGAGCAGUUUUCUCAAACAUAUCACAUAGCCAACACACAUGAAGACAUGGAAAUGAGUGAAACAAUAAGCACACCCAGCAUGGGGAUCCUGCCCGGCGUAGAGGAGCGUUUCAGCUUCAAAAACCUGCUCUUUCCGGACAUCAUCGAACCCUCCAACCUGUCUGGAUUCACCGUUAACAUCUGCACCAGUCUGCUCGGUCUGCUGAUUCUCAGCUUCAGUCUGUUGGCGGUUCGGGGAGGAAUAGCGAGCUGGAAUAUCAUCACUCUCGCUGUCCUGUUCGGCCUGUGUGUCAUUGUCACAUUUAUCAUCUGGAGGCAACCUGAGAGUAAAACCAAGCUCUCUUUUAAGGUUCCUUGUCUUCCCUUCAUUCCGGUGGUGAGCAUGUUUGUCAACGUCUACCUGAUGAUGCAACUGGACAGAGGCACCUGGAUACGAUUUGCCAUCUGGAUGUCUAUAGGACUCGUAAUCUACUUUGGCUAUGGGAUCUGGCACAGCACCGAAGCCGCUCUGGCUCAUUCCAGUAUGGACGAAGAGUUGAGUGUGUACAAACCUGCCUGCGGUCUCAACCGAGACAGCGUGACCCCAGAGAAAGAGGCUUUCCUCUGUAAUGGCCACGGGUCACAGGUAGAUGACGAUGGAGAUAUCUAAAUGAGCAACAGUGUUAUGUUGUAUACUCAGACUUUACAGAAAGCACUCCGUCAGGAGGUAGUGAGGAACACGGGUCGCUGGAGUCUAAUCUGGUAGAGCUCGAUGACUGAUUUAACCAAUGUCACUUUCAUGUGAAGGAGUCGGAGGGUUCAGUGCGCACUACAUAGAUGGAGGUAUUUGAAUAUUCAUACAACUCCAGGGCUUUGUUUUUUUUUCUACUUCAGAGAUCUUGAAGAAAACCAAAACAGGCACAGGACCUUUUGUUGAGUAAACAAACAAACAAACAAACAAACAAACAAAAACAGAAACAAAUGUGAGCUGCAGUAUUUUGAACUUGUGCCUUUUGUCCUUGUAUUGCGAUCAAAAGUACAACCUUAGUUGUGAAAAUGCUGGGACGUUUUUGUAAAAUGCAAGUAAAUCAGGAAUAUGUGUUUUGUUAAUUGUCUUUAACCAUUAUUUUCUAAGGUAAAGCACUUACUUACUUACCUACUCCCAAGGCCGUUUAUAGUGACGUUGAUAUUUAGGCCCAAUCCCCAUUCUACCCCUUAGCCCUUUCCCUUACCCCUAUCCCUUGUUUGCGUGUUCACAUUAGGGGUAGGGGUGUCCCAAUUCUCGUUAGCUUGAAGAUGUAGGACUAAGGGGAAGGGCUAGAUACCCCUCGAAACUGAAAUUUUUCAUGACCAAACUCGAAACCAAGGAGUAAAAUUUUUUCCCAAAAUACACCAGCCACAUUGGCAGCAUGGCUGCACAGGUAAAAAAAAAAAGAGAUACACAAAUUAGCAUUUUUUUUUCAUUAUUACAAAUUUUUACAACAAACAAGCAUAUGUUUUAAUAUUUUCAUAACCGCGUUCGUGUUUUACCAUCAUGUUAAAAAAAAAACAAUGAAUUUGGCUUUCUAUAAUCCCUAAUGAUAACUCCUGUUUAGAAGUCCCACAACAUUCUGACACUCGGUGACACUUGAAUAUCCUGUCAGAAAAGUCUAGUGGCUGUGAAUGAGCUUUUUUACAGUGUCUGCUAUAAUGUUAAUGUUGUUUUUGUGGGUUUACAUAGAUGAAUAUGGCCACUGUGUAAAUGCACAGUACAGUUACGAUCUAAUUGCCUCAUUAUAUCAAUAUGAUAACAUGAAAUAUGCCUUCAGUAAUUUCCUAAAGAUAAAUACCAAAAAGUAACGCAACUGGAAUAACCACAGAAGUUGCGAUCGUCAGUCUCAUAUAAAGCAAGUAAUCGCAAUGACAUAUGAUGAUAUGUGCUGGUGCUGUAGUGGUGUCCUAUUUUUUAGAGGUAAAUUUUAAAACCCUUCCCCUUAACACUCUGUUUCAAUGUCCAAGGGGAAGGGGUAGGGCUACAAAAAAUUAAUUGAAAUUGGGCCUAAGCUGUACCGUGUUGGUGUAUGUGUGUAUGUCCUGGUCCUCGGAGGUUGAGCAUUGGGCUAACAACCAGCUUUGUAAAAAAAUUGAAGUUACGAAACACCAACAUGGUGUGGCUAAGGAAAAGUAGAAAGAAAAAACAAGUUUUUUUACCCAGCAAAUGAAUUGAAUUGUGUAGGUAUAAACAAUUGUCAGAUUUCAAUGGUGCCAGCUGUUUUUUCUUUCACGAUAUUAAUAUCUAUCUGGCAGUUUGUGAACAAUCCAAUUUGAAAGGAGAAAUAUUCUCAAUGUUUUUGACAAUUCUCUCAUGGAUUUUAACACAAUAUGAUCAGCCAUUAAGACUGUGA